CUCAUAUUUCCUCCUUCAUUUCUCUAUUUUGAGUCACCGUCAUGCCCUCUUUAUAAGUUGUACUCCAAGGCAACUAACUCCCUACACCUUCUUCUCACUACAACAAUCCUUACUUACCUUCCUCCCCACAAAUCAGAACAGAACCAGAGGGGGGGAAUAGAGACAAUGGGAACCUCUUUCACAACCAUGUCUCUACUUCAUCUUCUUCUUCUUCUUCUUGCAGCUUCAGCAUUGCUUCUUUCACAUGCACAGGAUGAUAAACUUGUUCCCGGGAUCAUGACAUUUGGGGACUCAGCCGUUGAUGUCGGCAACAAUGACUACCUCCCCACAAUCUUCAAGGCAAAUUACCCUCCUUAUGGCAGAGACUUCGUCAACCACCAGCCUACUGGCAGGUUCUGCAAUGGCAAAUUGGCCACUGAUAUCACUGCUGACACUCUGGGAUUCAAGACUUACCCACCAGCAUAUCUGAGCCCUGAUGCAAUGGGGAACAACCUUCUAAUUGGAGCCAACUUCGCCUCUGCUGGUUCUGGUUUUGACGACAAAGCUGCUGCUCUCAAUCAUGCAAUUACUCUGUCUCAGCAGCUGGAGCUGUUCAAGGAGUACAAAGGCAAGCUAGCCAAAGUUGCAGGAGCCAACAAAUCAGCUACAAUCAUCAAGGACUCGCUCUACGUACUGAGUGCAGGCAGCAGUGAUUUCCUGCAGAACUACUACGUUAACCCUCUGCUCAACAAAGUCUACACUGCUGACCAGUAUGGUUCUUACCUGGUCAGCUCAUUCAACACUUUUGUCAAGGGAUUGUAUGGCCUGGGAGGGAGAAGGCUAGGGCUGACGUCACUCCCGCCACUGGGGUGCCUGCCAGCAGCCAGAACCAUAUUUGGGUACCAUGAGAGCGGCUGCGUCUCGCAAUUCAACACGGACGCUCAGCAGUUCAACAAGAAGAUCGGCUCGGCGGUGGCGAAUCUGCAGAAGCAGCUGCCAGGGAUGAAGAUCGUCGUUUUCGACAUCUUCAAACCACUCUACGAUCUCGUGAAAAAGCCUUCUGAUUUCGGUUUUACUGAAGCGAGAAGGGGGUGCUGCGGAACAGGGACGAUUGAGACGACGGUGCUUUUGUGCAACGCGAAGUCGGUGGGGACGUGUCCGAAUGCGACUCAGUAUGUUUUCUGGGACAGUGUCCAUCCUUCGCAGGCUGCUAAUCAAGUCCUGGCUGAUGCUCUCAUCGUUGAUGGGAUCUCCCUCUUAGGAUGAAUCAAUGGAUGAUAUUCGUAUUUGUUCAUUAUAAUUGCUUUGUUUCCUUGUUCUUGUUCUUGUUUUGUGGCAUAUUGGAAACAAAGUAAUGUGUUUACUGUUUAAGAAGAGUGUUGUUGGCUGCUGCUACAUUUGCAUUCUGAUGUUUUUGUCUGCAACAGUUGUAAGCUUCCGUUUCAUUGUAACAGUUCAAAUGUUGUAUACUUUUUACCAUAAGCAAUUUCAAUACCAAGUGACCUUACUUUCUCCCUUUCUUCAUUUGUCUCGUUUUGAUUCGUAGCAGCUUAAUUUGCUGCCACUUUCAAACGCUAUAAUGAGAAGCUUAGUGGGUUGAAAUUCCUUUCGAAGAGGGGUUUGCAGAUAUUUAUAGGACCCUAACGGGUACUCUUUCAAAGAAGAAAGAAGGAAAAAACAUGUUUACAUUGU